AUGGAAAUUUUCCUCUCUACGCGCUGGCUGACGCCCUCCAACAAUCUUCCUAAACACAAUAUCUCACCAGCUCUACGCCUCGUCUCCGCCUCCGCCGUAUUCGCCGUGUUCCCUGCGCAGGAUGGUCAAACAUUCCAAGGAUCCCGUGCUCCGGAAAGCGAUCCGCGCGGAACUCUUGGCAUCCACAAGCAGAACCAGCGAAUCGACAGGGGCGCGAUCACCGCGAAGUACACCAAGCAGAAGCCCAAGCGUGCUGAGUACAUUAGCGACAUUGUGGAAGCUUACUCUAACCACCUUGAACAGGGACUGGGAAAGGUUGCCGCCAGACCCGUUUCACCUCAGCCGGUCUACUGUUCCGCAUCAUCAUACACGUCUUCGUCUGAUGAAGAAUCUCUACCACCCUCGAAAGUUCCACAGAAGAAGGCUCAGACGCCAUUCACGUUUGGACAAACGGCUGCCAAGGCCAAGUUUACCUUUGGAGCGCCAGCUGCACCCAAGACGGUUAAGCCGGGCGUCAACAACACUCCUAGCGAGCCUUCCGAGAGCGACGAAACGGAUUCUGAUCAGGACACCAGCGAUGUGACGGGCGCCUCUAGUGAUGAAGACAAUGGUCUUGACAAUGCGCUUCUUCAAGAUUUCAAAGAAGACCUUGCUGGAGCGCGUGAUGAGAAGGAGACAACCAACCCCAAAGCCUCGAUGCCGCCGAUGAAAGACCAGCUCCAUCUUCUCACUUCGGGCGAUGAAGAUGACGAGGCGACAGGAGCUAUAUCGUCUGUGAACCUGGAGCAUGCCGUUCUGGUCUCCGCCGCCCUUGAGGAAGCUGGGCAUACUUUGCCGUCUCAGUUCGCGCUCAUGGGAAAGCUCAGCGCAGCCCCGAACACUGAGAUUGCGCCAGACCCCAGAGUUGUGCUGAAUACCAAUGUUCCCUUUUCUGCGUUUAUCUGCGGUCUUCAGGGAAGCGGCAAGUCGCACACAACCUCGUGCAUCAUCGGUAUGUCCCCAACCUCGAUCUGGGAUGGCGGACUGACAAUAUCACCAGAGAACUGCUCAAUGGGGCUACCGGUGCUGGGGAAGUUAAAGCAGUCCGUCUCGACUCUAGUUCUGCAUUUCAACGGGUACAGUUCAAAUGCAAACUCCCAGCCAAGUGAGGCGGCAUUCCUCGCAUCAGUUCUACCGCAGUACGCAUCGCAACAGAAACGCUUGCCUGUGCGGGUUCUGGUGUCACCGACGAACUACCACAACCUGGCGAAAAUGUACUCGCAGAUCCCGAACGUCGAGGCAAAGCCAUUCAGGCUCAAUCCCAAACACCUCAACAUCGGCAUGAUGCUCUCCCUGAUGUCAAUGUCUCAAAGCGACGGGAUGCCACUAUACAUGGCCCAAGUACUAAGGGUAUUACGAGAAAUGGCAAUCGAAAGCGGCGGACAUUUCGACUACCGUGACUUUCGCAAACGCCUCGACAACCUUCGUUUGGAUAGAGCUCAGACCCCAUUUUUGGCGCAGCGAUUGGACCUGUUGGAUUCGUACCUUGAUCUCAAGGGUGCUGGAGCUGCGGAUUAUUUCUUGGACGGGGGUGUGACCAUUUUGGAUCUUAGUUGCCCGUUCGUCGACCAGAGUACGGCGUGUGUUCUGUUCCGCAUUGCCAUCGACUUGUUUCUCUACGCACAUCCUUCUCGGGGAAAGAUGAUCGUGGCGGAUGAAGCCCACAAGUACAUGACAGAUUCCGCUGCCGCGAAAGAGCUCACAGAAGCCUUUUUGACAAUUAUCCGGCAACAGCGCCAUCUUGGUGUUCGCACGAUCAUCUCCACGCAAGAGCCCACCAUCUCGCCCCGGCUCAUCGAUCUGUGCUCGAUCACCUUUAUACACCGCUUCACGAGCCCUGACUGGUACAAGGUGCUUCGAUCGCACAUCCCGAUUGAUAAAGGAAAUGACAAUAGCGAGCACGGGAUGCCGGAUGGACUUUAUCGCAUUGCCAAUCUCAGAACCGGAGAGGCUCUUGUUUUUGCGCCUUCGGCUCAACUGGUCGAUGAAAACGAGAAUGAUCUGCACGCCAGGCACGAGGUGUUUAGGCUCAAGGUUCGCAAACGUAUUACCUGGGACGGAGGGAGGACUAUUGUUUGUGUUCGUUACUAA